AAAAACUAUAAAGACAAACGAGAAAGCUUUCUUUUCGGAUGGGAUAAGACUUAAACGCGUGCGUUGCCGAUGGGAGGCAAAUCGGAACUGUUUUAUUUUUCCCAAAUGUGGCCAAAUCAUGAUUUUUUUCUCAAACCAUGAUUAAAAAUCAUGAUUUUUUUAUUUCGGCAACACUGUGAUCACUGCGAUCAUGUUUUCGCUAAAAUUGUUUUUCUUCACGAAAGACGAAAAUCGUCUAAAGGCCCAACUAAAACACGCAUAAGCAAACAUAAGCGAAUGUCAAAAAUCUAACAAAAUUUUGCUUAUGUUUGCAAAAUAAGCGCGCAUAGCCAUAAUUGACUUAAGUGAACAGAUUCAUCAACCAACAAUCAACCACACGAACCACAGAAUAUUUUGUUCUCAAUCUACACAUACACGCUCAAUCAUUUUGAAAUAAUUCACAUGCACACUGUCUCUGUUUGUUUUUCGUGUGUAUUUGAACAUACAUGUCGUAAUAGGCAUAUGGCGCAUGGGCUUUUGUCAAAAUGGCAUGAGUCAUGAGUGAGUUGUCGAACAUACACAAUUCUUAUGGGAUAAGACCCCAACCCAUAGAAUCAGUUGCGUCCGUUCCGUCAAUCCAUCCGUUGAAGUUGAAGGAUGGAACAGAAAGGUGUGAUCCAUAGACGGUGUUCACAUUGGCCUCAGUCAACCGACUUAUUUUGACGUCUUUGUGUUUUUUCUCACUCCCACUUUAUGGCGAGAAAGAGAUGGCGAAGUGAGGUAGAAAUUUUAAACAGAUUUAAAAAUUUUUGGACUCUUUUUGACAUUUGUUAUUUUGACAUUUUAAGUUUCCCAAUCUUGCCUUAAGGUUGGAGCGAGAAAACAAAUAUUUUUUUUUUUUACAUUUUCCUUUGUGUUAUGUCAACGAAUAUACUACCGUUAUAAAUAAAUAUUUUGAAGAAAAGUUGCAAACUCGUGUUUGAUUUAUUGAAAAAAACAAUUAAGAUGAGUAAUUGGAAUAGAAUUCAAACGACACAUUUAAUUAUGUUAUACGAACAGCACCCCGUUUUGUACAAUUCGCAGUGCGAAGAUGCACUAAACCGCAUAAAAAAGGUUGAUGCAUUCAAGAGCAUCACGGAGGAGCUCAAAAUAUAUCGACCUGAAUCAACAUUAGAAGACAUUAAAACCAAAAUAAAAACUCUUAGAAACCAGUACAUUCGUGAAAGGAAUGCGGUAUAUAAAUCAAAAAAAAGUGGGGCAGGAGUCCAAGAUGUAUACACGCCAAAGCUCUGGUGCUACGAUGAGCUUAACUUCUUGGACCAAUUCCUAAAGUCAACACCUUCAGUUUCAAAUAUUACACAGAAAAAUCCAUUCAAUCACGAAGAAAGUCUGGGAGAUGACACACUGGAAAAUGAACCUGAGCAGGAAUGCAAGAAAAAGAAAAAGAAAACUGGCUUAGAAGUCCACAUUACGAGGUCGUUGCAGGUUGCCGAGGAGUCCAGGAAAAAUCCACCUUGCGAAACACAAAAAAUACAUUUUCAACACUGAUAUCAGACACACAAACACAAGAUAAACACACCACAUUCUCAUCACCAAACUUUAAUACUCAAAAAACAAAGAAUAUACAAUCCACCCCGACGUACAUUCAUUCAAAUACACACACACCUACUCCUUUAUCAUAUACAGAUACACAAUCCAAUUUUGAAGUACUGGACUUAAAUUUUUGAAGAUACUUAUUUACCGACUAAUAUAACAACAGAAACACCAAAAACUACCACAACACUAAUCUCGAGUUCACAACAACAGCCUUCUGAACAUGUUACAUAUAAUCCAAAAAGUACAUUCCAUCAUCCAAAUUCACAAACAGAAACAGAAACUCCUUCACAUUCAGGUUCACAAUCCAGAUACGAAACACUGAACUGCAAUUUUAAAGAUACUUAUUUACCGACUACAGAAACAGCAAAUUCUACCUCAACACUACUUUUGAGUGCACAAAACCAGACUAAACAUGUAAACAGAGUCACUAACUCCAAUAUUAAAAACUAUAGCUCAAAUAUUCAAAAAAGAAAAAUACAUUCCAUACCAACUAACAUAAGAAAACAAACACCAAACUCUAAAGGGCCCAACCCAUAGAAUCCGUUGCGUCGAAGUUUUUGACUGACAGCUCGAUAAAAUACACACGUUCUUAUGGGAAGUCCGUCUCCGUCCGAUCCGUCGCUUAUGGGUCGCUUCCCAUAAGAACGUGUGUAUUUUAUUUUAAAACUUCGACGCAACGGACGCAACGGAUUCUAUGGGUUGGGCCCUUAACACAACACAACUUUCUAAUUCACAAAAACAGGCAAAUGUACCAAAAACGUAUACACCUCAAGCUUCCAAGCCCAUGACUCUAUUUAUAAACACUCAACCACCAACAAUCUAAGAAUCAA